GCUUGUAUUUUUCUACAGUAUAAUGAAGUAUUGGGCAAGGGAGCAUUCAAGACUGUCUACAAGGCAUUUGACUUGCUUGAUGGUAUUGAAGUUGCAUGGAGCCGAGUGAAAGUCGAUGAUGUUUUGCAGUCACCAGACAACUUAGGAAAGUUGUAUGCGGAGAUUCAUCUUCUUCGACAAUUGAAGCAUGACAAUAUAAUGAAGUUCUGCGAUUCGUGGAUUGAUGACAAGAAAAGAACAGUUAACAUGAUAACUGAACUCUUCACAUCUGGGAACCUGAGGCAAUACCGUAAGAAGUAUAGAAGUGUUGAUAUGAAGGCUAUAAAGAAUUGGGCAAGGCAGAUACUUCAAGGGUUAGACUAUCUUCAUUGUCAGAGCCCUCCUAUCAUUCAUAGGGACUUGAAAUGUGACAACAUAUUUGUCAAUGGAAAUCACGGAGAAAUUAAGAUUGGGGACCUUGGAUUGGCGACGAUUAUGGAGCAGCCUACUGCUAAGAGUGUAAUUGGGACGCCGGAGUUCAUGGCCCCCGAGCUUUAUGAAGAAGAAUACAAUGAAUUAGUGGACAUAUAUUCCUUUGGAAUGUGUAUGUUGGAAUUAGUAACCUUCGAAUAUCCUUAUAGUGAAUGUAAAAAUCCUGCUCAAAUUUUUAAGAAAGUUAGCUCGGGUGUUAAACCUGCUUCCCUCGGCAAAGUUGUCGAUCCCCAAGUCAAAGGAUUCAUUGAAAAAUGCCUGGUUCCUGCUCCUCAAAGGUUGCCUGCCAGGGACCUUCUUAAAGAUCCAUUUCUUCAAUUCGAGAAUUUAAAUGAGCCAAUCCAUAGUCUUUUGCAGUCACCUUACCAAAGUCCAAGAUCACUAAGUUCAUUGAAAUCUGCACCUCAUUCUAUGGAUGUAGAUUCUGAGUAUAACCGGUCAGUAUAUACAGACUCCCAUUGUGGAAGUCCUUGUGCUCCAACAUUGGAAUUCCAAAGGUUUCAUCAGAAUAAUGAAUUUAAAUUGACGGGUAAGAAGAAUGAUGAGAACUCAGUUUCACUGACCUUGCGAAUUAAAAGCCCUUCGGGCAGAGUACGGAAUAUACACUUCAAUUUCUAUCUUGAUACUGACACUGCACUUUUAGUUGCGGCUGAGAUGGUUGAACAAUUGCAACUAGAUGAUCACGAUGUAGAUUUUAUUGCUGACUUCAUUGACUACCUAAUAAUGAAAAUUUUGCCUAGUUGGAAGCCUCCCUCUGAGUACCGUUCUAGUGGAGGGAGAAGUCAUGCUCUUGAGAACUACCUAACCUUGUCACCCAACCCUACCACAUCUAAUGCUCGACAAGAUGAUAUUCCAGCUCUGGGUAUGAAUAACCAAAUUAGCACUCAAGCUGAUGAAGAUAAAUUGUAUGCUAAUUCAAAUGGCACUUCUUGUCAUGUUACUUUUGCUUCCCCUUCACAUUUGGCAAAUGUGAUAGACGACGAGUCUCAAGGUUCAGUUGCUUCUCAAGUAAUGGGAAAAAGUUCUUCUCUAAAGAAUGGGAAUUCAUUUGGAUUUGGCGAUUACUUUACAGAUGUUGUCUCUAAAGGUUCUAGUGGAAACUUGUCGGAGAUAGAUUUCACGGGUUUGUUUCAUGAUGAAUGUAAGUUGCAAGGAAACGGUGGCGAUUAUGUAGAAUGCAUAUUAACAAAUGAAUAUGGAAAGACUCUGGAGGUAAUUUUGACAGAUACAGAUGGAGGAGCUUCCAAAGGCAUGAGUUUGUCAAGCAGUUGUUCAUUUUUAUCGUUAGUAGAGAUAGAUGAGGAUACCGAGUUAAAGUUAGAGCUUGACACAAUUGAAGCGCAAUAUCAGCAGUGUUUUCAGGAACUCUCAAGAAUGAAGCAGGAGGCGUUAGAAGCGUGCAGGAAGAGAUGGACAAUGAAGAAAAAGUUGGCAGGACAGUGAAUGAGAAUAGCUGACUUCAUUCAAAUAUAAGGUUGUUUUUUUCUUAAUUUACUGAUCGAUAUGAUCACAUAUAUUUGAAUGGAUUUUGGUAAUUUUUUUUUUCAGACCUAACUUCCUUCAUUCCCUUUUAUUUGUGUGGGUGAAGAUCAUAUGUACUUGUAUAAAGAGUGUAUAUAGUCAUAUAGUUUUUCUUGUUUUUAGCCUUUUUAUUUUAUUCUCCGUGGCCAUGGUUAGCCCCUUGUUUUGCAAGGAUGCAAAUGUUUUGGAAUUUUUAACUUGUAAUAUUUGUUAGUAAUGCACUUUCAUUUC